AUGGAUGAGCUAAUAGACUCUCCAACGACGCCACAGGACGUCAAGACAUCUGCUAUGAUCGCAGCGGAAAACGAUGAUCAACUAAGAUUCGAGGCAGAACUAGAGUUCGUGCAAUGCCUGGCGAAUCCGCACUACCUGCACUAUCUUGCCAAGGCGGGGUACUUUGAGGACCAAAGAUUCCGUGCUUAUAUCGUAUACCUUCAGUAUUUCAGGCGUCCUGAAUACGUCAAGUUCAUCAAGUACCCGUACUGCAUUCGCAUCCUCGAGCUUCUGCUCGAAGACUCAUUUGUGCGCUCACUCUCCAACAAGCAGGCCAUAGAGGCUAUAGAGCAGCAAUUGUCGGCGCAUUGGAUAUGCUUCAAGUAUGACCGGCACUGA